AUGGCGGCGGAUGUUUUGGUGGAGGAAGUGUUCAAUUUUAUCUGCGGUAGUGGCGGUUUUGUGGAGUUAUCUGUUCUUUUGAAGCAGUCCUCGCCCUUGGGAAGUAGAAAAUCAGAGGUAGAAGCGAAAAACUGGCUGACGAGUCAAGAUGAUCCGCGUUUAAUCGUCGUGAAAGAUUUCAAUGGCGAGAUAGCAGGUGUGCGAAUUAAUUUAAGAAGAAAAAUAUGUCGACAAUAUCACGAUAUAGGUUCUUGUCGAAGUGCUCAGGGGAAGUGUAAGUUCUGGCAUAUUUGUAAAGGAUUCAUCGAAGAAAACUGCCAUGGCAAAUGCAACCGCUUGCACAAUUUCUUUGACCCAGAAAACAACGAGAAGAUAUUAAAAGAAUUGGGAUUGGCUAACUAUCCGAACUGGACUAUCAAAAAUAUUGUUGCGUUGAGCCUACCACAGGUUUGUGAGCUGUAUACAAAAGGCAAAUGUACGUCGGAUUCAUGUCUAUACCUUCAUUUUUGUUCUCAAGCUGUCCGAAGUUCAGCGUGUUCUUGUUCUCUGUCACACGACCUCACGGAUUCUCACAACAAGAAGAUUCUUAAACAGUAUGAUCUGGUACCGCAUCAGUCGAUGUCAACAGAUUUUGUUCGUUGCAAUACUUUGGUUCCGAAGGAGCAGCGAGUUCUGUACAAAGUUUUUGAAUCUUCACCCGAAGUUUGCAACGCAGAUACGAAAAAGUUAGAUGCAGCGCUGGCAGUCAUACAAGGUAAUAAACCAUCGCCGAAAGUUUCCGCAUCACCAAAGCACGCUGCAAAAUCUCGGUGUGAUACCGCGAAACAAAGCUCGUUCAAUAAUCUGCCAAAUAGCUCUGUUCAAGAAUGUGCGCCCUCCAAAAAGGCUGUUUUCGAUUGCAUUGUGAAAGAAUACGAUGGUAUGGUAUCCUUUGAAGUCAUUUCAAAACGACAAGAUUUGUUUCCUAACAUUUGUGAGGACAUCGCUAAGUGGUUUGAGGCAAGAAAACAAAGCUUUUUAGUCAGAAAAAAGAAAGGAACAAUUUCCCAAGUUAGUGUUCUCUGUCGAAAGGCAAGGUUUUGUUUCAAGAGAAAGUGUUCUCAGAAUGAUUGUCCUUACUUCCAUGUAUGCAGGGAUUACAUCGCAGGCUUCUGCAGACGUGUUGGUAGAUGUCAAAGAAAUCACAGUUUUCAAUACGACAAAGAUCGAAAAUUAAUCUCGGAACUCAAUUUGGGUGGUUUGACUGAAGAACACCUUCGCAAGGUUUUUCAGCUUUCAUUGCCUCAAGUAUGUUUGGACUAUAACAAUGGAUGUUGCACAAAAGGUUUGUCUUGCAGCCAGGUGCACAUUUGCAAGGACUAUGUCAGAGAGAGCUGUGAAGAUGAGGAAGCGGGUUGUGGCCUUCGUCACGAGAGUGCGUUUGCCAACGCUCACACCGUUUCCAUACUUCAGAACUUUGGCUUAAGAAUUAUAAGAGGCAAAGUUGAUCCAGUACGUCGAACGCUUUUGGUAUGCGAGAGCAUUUCGAGUGGUUUAAAAGAUCUCAGGGGCAGCAACGCCACAAAGGGCGUGACUGGUAAAGUAAGCGGGGACGAUCAGGACAUGACAUCUAAAGAAGGCGUUGCUGUAAGUUCUAGUGAGCCGUCCGAGGUAAAAGUCCUUGAAUACCUCGCUGAAGAGUAUGAUUGCUCUGCUUCCCUACAGGUGAUUUCCAAACGAAAAGAUUUGUCUCCUUAUGAAUUUCAGGACGUGGAGCGCGAGAGAAAUGCAACAAGACUUUAUAUACCAGGCCACUGGUCGCAAAUGCCGUAUAUGACGCGUUAUCAGCGUGUUUGGAUAUCACCAUAUUCUGACGAAUUUGAACUUGUGGAGGAGCUCUUUAGAAACUCGAUCGAGCAAAGCGUGACAAUCAUUAGCAUUGAACGAGUGCAAAACCCUUUCAUGUGGGAAAAGUAUCAAAGGUGCGUGAGUGCGUUUACAAUAGGGUGUACCCUAUUAAUCGCGACCCAGCAUGUACGCUAAUCUUUGCUGACGUCAAUGUUUUCAUUUUUCCUCAUUAGCAUACGACUUAACUCAUAGAAGCCGUGGCCGUAUAUACGAACUAAAUUCAAAAGCUGAAAUAGCUGAUUAUUUUGAGCAAUUUGUACAAUUUUCAGCUCUAUGCAAGCAAUACUGAAGGAAAUAUCAGCUAUAAAAAAACUGCGAAAUCGCUGAGUGGCCAAAAAGUUAAUGAGCCAUAAAUUGUUUGUAAAAUUUCGAGUACUUAAAAGAGAAUCUCUCCGAGAUCAUUCGGUCUAUUGAGCUCAAAUUUUCNCGGAACUCAAUUUGGGUGGUUUGACUGAAGAACACCUUCGCAAGGUUUUUCAGCUUUCAUUGCCUCAAGUAUGUUUGGACUAUAACAAUGGAUGUUGCACAAAAGGUUUGUCUUGCAGCCAGGUGCACAUUUGCAAGGACUAUGUCAGAGAGAGCUGUGAAGAUGAGGAAGCGGGUUGUGGCCUUCGUCACGAGAGUGCGUUUGCCAACGCUCACACCGUUUCCAUACUUCAGAACUUUGGCUUAAGAAUUAUAAGAGGCAAAGUUGAUCCAGUACGUCGAACGCUUUUGGUAUGCGAGAGCAUUUCGAGUGGUUUAAAAGAUCUCAGGGGCAGCAACGCCACAAAGGGCGUGACUGGUAAAGUAAGCGGGGACGAUCAGGACAUGACAUCUAAAGAAGGCGUUGCUGUAAGUUCUAGUGAGCCGUCCGAGGUAAAAGUCCUUGAAUACCUCGCUGAAGAGUAUGAUUGCUCUGCUUCCCUACAGGUGAUUUCCAAACGAAAAGAUUUGUCUCCUUAUGAAUUUCAGGACGUGGAGCGCGAGAGAAAUGCAACAAGACUUUAUAUACCAGGCCACUGGUCGCAAAUGCCGUAUAUGACGCGUUAUCAGCGUGUUUGGAUAUCACCAUAUUCUGACGAAUUUGAACUUGUGGAGGAGCUCUUUAGAAACUCGAUCGAGCAAAGCGUGACAAUCAUUAGCAUUGAACGAGUGCAAAACCCUUUCAUGUGGGAAAAGUAUCAAAGGUGCGUGAGUGCGUUUACAAUAGGGUGUACCCUAUUAAUCGCGACCCAGCAUGUACGCUAAUCUUUGCUGACGUCAAUGUUUUCAUUUUUCCUCAUUAGCAUACGACUUAACUCAUAGAAGCCGUGGCCGUAUAUACGAACUAAAUUCAAAAGCUGAAAUAGCUGAUUAUUUUGAGCAAUUUGUACAAUUUUCAGCUCUAUGCAAGCAAUACUGAAGGAAAUAUCAGCUAUAAAAAAACUGCGAAAUCGCUGAGUGGCCAAAAAGUUAAUGAGCCAUAAAUUGUUUGUAAAAUUUCGAGUACUUAAAAGAGAAUCUCUCCGAGAUCAUUCGGUCUAUUGAGCUCAAAUUUUCGCAGAUAACUGAAAUUGUUAUGUUCUUUGAAUUAUCCAGAGAUUUUAGCCUUUAAGUUAAUAGCUUCCUCAGAUAAUGAUAAACAUACAGUAAAAUUCCGAAAAUAAGCCCCUCCAAAUAUAAGCCCCCCAAACUCGUAGCCCAAAAAACCCUCAGUUAAAUCGCCCCUCCAAAUAUAAGCCCCCCGGGGGCUUGUACUUGGAAAUUGCCCUCAAAUACAAAGUAAAACAUAGCAAAAACGGUAAAUCUCCUUCCAACUUUAAGACUAGCCCAAUCGAUUUUGAAACGCAAAUUUCCCUCCAUAGAUAAGCCCCUCCAGAAAUAAGCCCCGCAAAAAGAGCCUUUGAAAAAUAUAAGGCCCGGGGCUUCUUUUCGGAAUUUUACGGUAUGUUAAUGAGGCAAAAAAUGUAAAGUAACAAAGAUUCACCUAUUUGUUGAAGGUAUCCAUAACCAGUUAUAAUCGAUGAUACUUGAGUUUCUCAGCGUGUUAUUUCCUUUCUCGUAAAAUGGUGGUUUCGUCUUCAUUAGGAGACGUAAAAAUAUACGUGGAGUCGUCAAUGGUCCUUUUCGUGCUAAAUACAUUCAAGCAGUAGUUUUUCUGACGGUGGCGUCAGUGUCAUUUAUACUGAUUUUAUCCGCCUGAACACCACACAAUAUACUGUCACUAAAAACAAAUUAAAACGGUAUACGGACCCAAAAUUAUGUUCUACAUAUAGCAGCUUGUGGCUUCAGAUUCCUUAAAAGGUGUGGAAAUCAUAAUCAUUUUAUUAAAGAAUUGUGUGCUGUAUUUUGUUUUAGGAAAAAAGAAAACAUGUUAUCUUCUAGGACUGCGGGUUACACUACGAUCCAGUCCGUGAACGAGAAGCAGUUGUUUCAUGGAACCAAUCCUGAGAACGUGGAAGGAAUCUGCAAAGACAACUUUGAUUGGCGUUUGUAUGGGAAGAACGCAACGGUAUCAAUGGCGAGAUAGCAGGUGUGCGAAUUGAUUUAAGAAGAAAAAUAUGUCGACAAUAUCACGACAAAGGUUCUUGUCGAAGUGCUCAGGGGAAGUGUAAGUUCUGGCAUAUUUGUAAAGGAUUCAUCGAACAAAACUGCCAUGGCAAAUGCAAUCGCUUGCACAAUUUCUUUGACCCAAAAAACAACGAGAAGAUAUUAAAAGAAUUGGGAUUGGCUAAAUAUCCGAACGGGACUGUCAAAAAUAUUGUUGCGUGGAGCUUACCACAGGUUUGUGAGCUGUAUACAAAAGGCAAAUGUACGUCGGAUUCAUGUCUAUACCUUCAUUUUUGUUCUCAAGCUGUCCGAAGUUCAGCGUGUUCUUGUUCUUUGUCACACGACCUCACGGAUUCUCACAACCUGAAGAUUCUCAAAGAGUAUGAUCUGGUACCGCAUCAGUCGAUGUCAACAGAUUUUGUUCGUUGCAAUACUUUGGUUCCGAGGGAGCAGCGAGUUCUUUACAAAGUUUGUGAAUCUUCCCCCGAAGUUUGCAACGCAGAUACGAAAACGUUAGAUACGGCGCUGGCAGUCAAACAAGGUACUAAACCAUCGCCGAAAGUUUCCGCAUCACUAAAGCACGCUACAAAAUCUCAGUGUGAUACCGUGAAACAAAGCUCCUUCAAUAAUCUGCCUAAUAGCUCUGUUCAAGAAUGUGCACCCUCCAAAAAGGCUGUUUUCGAUUGUAUUGUGAAAGAAUACGAUGGCACGGUGUCCUUUGAACUCAUUUCGAAACGACAAGAUUUGUUUCCUAACAUUUGUGCGGAUAUUGCCAAGUGGUUUGAGGCAAGAAAACAAAGCUUUUUAGUCAGAAAAAAGAAAGGAACAAUUUUCCAAGUUAGUGUUCUCUGUCGAAAGGCAAGGUUUUGUUUCAAGAGAAAGUGUUCUCAAAAUGAUUGUCCUUACUUCCAUGUAUGCAGGGAGUACAUCGCAGGAUUCUGCAGACGUGGUGGUAGAUGCCAAAGAAAACACAGUUUUCAAUACGACAAAGAUCGAAAAUUAAUUUCGGAACUCAAUUUGGAUGGUUUGACUGAAGAACACCUCCGCAAGGUUUUUCAGCUUUCAUUGCCUCAAGUAUGUUUGGACUAUAACAAUGGAUGUUGCACAAAAGGUUUGUCUUGCAGCCAGGUGCACAUUUGCAAGGACUAUGUCAGAGAGAGCUGUGAAGAUGAGGAAGCGGGUUGUGGCCUUCGUCACGAGAGUGCGUUUGCCAACGCUCACACCGUUUCCAUACUUCAGAACUUUGGCUUAAGAAUUAUAAGAGGCAAAGUUGAUCCAGUACGUCGAACGCUUUUGGUAUGCGAGAGCAUUUCGAGUGGUUUAAAAGAUCUCAGGGGCAGCAACGCCACAAAGGGCGUGACUGGUAAAGUAAGCGGGGACGAUCAGGACAUGACAUCUAAAGAAGGCGUUGCUGUAAGUUCUAGUGAGCCGUCCGAGGUAAAAGUCCUUGAAUACCUCGCUGAAGAGUAUGAUUGCUCUGCUUCCCUACAGGUGAUUUCCAAACGAAAAGAUUUGUCUCCUUAUGAAUUUCAGGACGUGGAGCGCGAGAGAAAUGCAACAAGACUUUAUAUACCAGGCCACUGGUCGCAAAUGCCGUAUAUGACGCGUUAUCAGCGUGUUUGGAUAUCACCAUAUUCUGACGAAUUUGAACUUGUGGAGGAGCUCUUUAGAAACUCGAUCGAGCAAAGCGUGACAAUCAUUAGCAUUGAACGAGUGCAAAACCCUUUCAUGUGGGAAAAGUAUCAAAGGUGCGUGAGUGCGUUUACAAUAGGGUGUACCCUAUUAAUCGCGACCCAGCAUGUACGCUAAUCUUUGCUGACGUCAAUGUUUUCAUUUUUCCUCAUUAGCAUACGACUUAACUCAUAGAAGCCGUGGCCGUAUAUACGAACUAAAUUCAAAAGCUGAAAUAGCUGAUUAUUUUGAGCAAUUUGUACAAUUUUCAGCUCUAUGCAAGCAAUACUGAAGGAAAUAUCAGCUAUAAAAAAACUGCGAAAUCGCUGAGUGGCCAAAAAGUUAAUGAGCCAUAAAUUGUUUGUAAAAUUUCGAGUACUUAAAAGAGAAUCUCUCCGAGAUCAUUCGGUCUAUUGAGCUCAAAUUUUCGCAGAUAACUGAAAUUGUUAUGUUCUUUGAAUUAUCCAGAGAUUUUAGCCUUUAAGUUAAUAGCUUCCUCAGAUAAUGAUAAACAUACAGUAAAAUUCCGAAAAUAAGCCCCUCCAAAUAUAAGCCCCCCAAACUCGUAGCCCAAAAAACCCUCAGUUAAAUCGCCCCUCCAAAUAUAAGCCCCCCGGGGGCUUGUACUUGGAAAUUGCCCUCAAAUACAAAGUAAAACAUAGCAAAAACGGUAAAUCUCCUUCCAACUUUAAGACUAGCCCAAUCGAUUUUGAAACGCAAAUUUCCCUCCAUAGAUAAGCCCCUCCAGAAAUAAGCCCCGCAAAAAGAGCCUUUGAAAAAUAUAAGGCCCGGGGCUUCUUUUCGGAAUUUUACGGUAUGUUAAUGAGGCAAAAAAUGUAAAGUAACAAAGAUUCACCUAUUUGUUGAAGGUAUCCAUAACCAGUUAUAAUCGAUGAUACUUGAGUUUCUCAGCGUGUUAUUUCCUUUCUCGUAAAAUGGUGGUUUCGUCUUCAUUAGGAGACGUAAAAAUAUAUGUGGAGUCGUCAAUGGUUCUUUUCGUGCUAAAUACAUUCAAGCAGUAGUUUUUCUGACGGUGACGUCAGUGUCAUUUAUACUGAUUUCAUCCGCCUGAACACCACACAAUAUACUGUCACUAAAAACAAAUUAAAACAGUAUACGGACGCAAAAUUAUGUUCUACGUAUAGCAGCCUGUGGCUUCAGAUUCCUUAAAAGGUGUGGAAAUCAUAAUCAUUUUAUUAAAGAAUUGUGUGCUGUAUUUUGUUUUAGGAAAAAAGAAAACAUGUUAUCUUCGAGGACUGCGGGUUACACUACGAUCCAGUCCGUGAACGAGAAGCAGUUGUUUCAUGGAACCAAUCCUGAGAACGUGGAAGGAAUCUGCAAAGACAACUUUGAUUGGCGUUUGUAUGGGAAGAACGCAACGGUCUAUGGAGCAGGAAGCUACUUCGCCGUAAGUGCUUCUUAUAGCGACAAUUACGCCGAGAGAGACUUAAAAGGGUCCAAGUUCAUGUUCGUGGCCAAGGUUCUUGCUGGCUCUUACACUACUGGUCAUCCCAGCUAUCGACGGCCACCAGCAAAGAACCCUGUAAAUCAAGCGAGCGAUCUGUACGACUCUUGUGUAAAUUGCGUGUCAUUCCCAACCAUUUUCGUGGUCUUUGAUAUUGAUCAGUGCUACCCAGAGUACAUCAUCGAAUACUCGACAGCUCAAGUCGGAUAUAGCUUUCAGCAACCUACAGCUACAAGAGGGAUACCUUUUCCCACGUCUCCUUCCACUAACCGCCAAGAAGGACCUUCUUGGCCGUUAGUGGCGGGAGCCGCGGUGGCAGCAAUUGCAGCGGUAGGGGCAAUAGCAGUCGGAGUUUCUAAAGCGCUUGACAACAAGAACAGGUCACCUACCACACGUCGUCAGCAGAGAAGCUCGAGUGCUUGCGUAUCCAGAGGUAGAGGUGGUUACCCUUCCCCAUCUCGGGCAUCAUACAAUACGUCAACUACGUCUUACCCAAACAGGCGAACCAAAGGGUCAACCGCGUACCGUGGUGGGCGUCCGUCAAGCCGUUUUUCAGGAUCCCGUUCAUCGACACUGUCAACCAGUACUUCGAACAAAUUCAAUACUCAGCACGAGAGCUCCUCUGAAGAUGAGAGCGAAUGCUCAGUUAUGUGAUUAGUUCAGUUAUUUAAGGAGAGAGAGAAUUGUUAUCAUUGCGUCUCUGGUGAGUCAAACGGCACGAGUUAGUGCUCUCCAUCAAAAGCCUUUGGGAACGCAGACUGAAACAGUGUGAAGC